CCGCGCGGGCGGCCGCGUCCUGGAGACGGGAAGCAGCCGGCGGCCUGCCAUGGAGGGCGCGCGCGGGUCUCCUCGGCGCCCGGACCCAGAUUAGCGGGCGGCGGCGGCGGCGGCGGCGGCGCGGGCCUCUCAGCGGCCUGAUGGACGAGAGCAAGGUAGCUGGUGGCAAAGUGAAGAAACCAGGUAAACGGGGCCGUAAACCAGCUAAAAUAGAUUUGAAAGCCAAACUCGAGAGGAGCCGGCAGAGCGCAAGGGAAUGCAGAGCGAGGAAGAAACUGAGGUACCAGUAUCUGGAAGAGCUGGUUUCAAGCCGAGAAAGAGCCAUCUGUGCUCUUAGAGAAGAACUGGAAAUGUACAAGCAAUGGUGCAUGGCAAUGGAUCAAGGAAAAAUCCCCUCUGAAAUUAAAGCUCUCCUGAGUGGAGAAGAGCAAAAUAAACCUCAGCAGAAUGUAGGCAAGAUGGCCAAAGCCGUAAAGAGUGAUGCCAACAGCCACAGUUCCUGGUGAAGGUCAGUCCAAGCAGACUGAAGCCCGUAUUUAAAAAACAAGCUGAUUUUUUUUU